AUGAACAACAAGGGGGCUUCACUGAAAGGUUUGUUGGUGGUGGUCCUUCUGGUGUCCAACAUGCUCCUCACAAAGGAAGGAGUGACAUCCCUGCCAAUCUGCCCCAAUGGAUCUGUCAAUUGCCAAGUUUCCCUUGGGGAACUUUUUGACCGAGCAGUUAAACUUUCACACUACAUCCACUUCCUCUCUUCGGAAAUAUUCAAUGAAUUUGAUGAACGCUAUGCUCAGGGCCGGGGUUUUAUUACAAAAGCUGUUAAUGGCUGCCACACUUCCUCCUUAACCACUCCUGAAGAUAAGGAGCAAGCUCAGCAGAUUCAUCAUGAAGACCUACUGAAUUUAGUAUUGGGAGUGCUGCGCUCCUGGAACGAUCCCCUGAUCCAUCUGGCCUCUGAAGUACAAAGAAUCAAAGAAGCUCCAGACACCAUCCUCUGGAAGGCUGUAGAGAUUGAAGAACAAAACAAGCGGCUUCUAGAAGGAAUGGAGAAAAUAGUUGGGCGGGUUCAUUCUGGUGAGAUCGGAAAUGAAAUUUACUCUCAGUGGGAAGGCCUUCCAUCCCUGCAACUCGCUGAUGAGGACUCCAGGCUCUUUGCCUUUUACAACCUGCUGCAUUGCCUCCGCCGAGAUUCCCACAAAAUUGACAACUAUCUCAAGCUUCUGAAGUGCCGCCUAAUCCACGAUAGCAAUUGUUAA